AUGAGUCCGUCUUCGGCCUCGCUGCCGUCUCACUGGCCCCCUAGGCGGCCUUCUAAGAGGAGUAAACUCCGCAAUGGCACCGUCAUCAUCCCCUCGACGGGCGAGCGCGUACGUCGCAACUUCACCUUGCGCAGUUCGAACUUGGCCAUGAACGGCUCCGCCUCCUCUGCAGACGGCUACUCUCCGCAGACACACGACUAUACUCACAUAUCCCUGCGCGACCGCCUGCGCUUCUGGGGAGCCGAUGCCCUCCUGUAUGCCAACCGCAUUCUGCGCUGGCUCGACUCCCCGGUUGGCCAUGGAAUCCUCAAAUGUACUUUGGCCUAUACUCUAGGCAGUUUGGCGACUUUCAUUGAACCGAUCUCAAAGUUCUUGGGCCGUCCUGACGGGAAGCAUGUUGUCGCGACGAUUACGGUGUACUUCCAUCCGGCCCGCUCCUUCGGUUCGAUGAUUGAGGCUGUCCUUAUCGCCAUCGCGGCGGUCGCGUAUGCCGAAUUGGUGUCCAUUCUAUCGAUGUGGACGUCCGUGUUCUUUGGGAGUGUUCUUGACAUGCCAGCGCUAGCGCAUACGCUGGUGCUGAUAGUGUUCAUUGGGGGUGGGUUCGGGCUCGUAGGAUGGGUGAAGCAGAAGAUGAACAAUCCACUGGUGAAUGUGGGCAGUACGCUGGCAUCACUGGCAAUUAUCAGCGUUGUGACGAAGGAGACGGCCGUGUUGACGAGCGUGUUCUCGGAUCAGAAAAUUGUGCAAAUUUUCAAGAUGCUCGUUAUGGGAAUUACUAUUACGACGGUUGUGAAUCUGCUGGUCUGGAGGGCAUCAGCCGUGUCGGCCCUUCGUCAGUCCAUGACCAAGGCGUCUGUCGCGCUGGGAGAUAUGUUAGCUCUGAUUACUAGGGCAUUUCUGAGUGGCUCAGAGGAGGACCUGCUGUCCCCUGAGUUUACGGCAGCUUCAUCCGCUUACUCAACCGUCUAUCCGACUAUGACGAAAAACCUGCGCGAGGCCAAGUUUGAGCGCUACUUUUUAGGACAUGAGACGAUCUACCGGCAUGAGCGGGCAGUUGUCAGAUCGAUGGAGACACUGGCACAGUCGAUUGGCGGGUUAAGGAGUGCAGCCAACUCGCAGUUUGCCCUCUUGAAAGAGCCCAUAGCGCCGUUGACGAGAGUUACAUCUGCCCCAACACAAACUAGUCCAACAGCUUUUUUUUCACCGCCGCCUGGAAAGACGUUCUCAGGUACCCUACGCAGCUUGAAAGACCGACCUGGUGUCUUAUCUGCGAUUGAUGAGGCCUCUGAGGAAAGUAAUGAUGAGGACGGACAUCCCAUACAAGAACGACGACGCUCCGACACUGGUCCCUCGACCUCUACUCCCAAGACACCGCCAUUCCGGCACCCGUCCGACAUCUUUGAGCACUUCAUCGUGCUUCUGGGGCCGUCCAUGAAGUCCCUUGCCUACACGCUCUCCGAGAUCCUACGGGCGCCGCCUUUUGGUUCGGCGCCUGACUGGCACAUCACCAUCAAUGAGCAUUUCCGGCCCAGUCUGCACGAGGCGCUAGCCCUGUAUAACGAAGCGCGAGCUAACGCCCUUGAGGAGGUGUACAAGACACUCGAGCUGGACCGGACACGGACUGAGAGUCUGAAAGCCGAUUUCGAGGAAGUUGCAGCCGCAUGUGGGCAUUUCAGUUUCAGUCUACAGACAUUUGGCGAGGAGAUGCUCAAGUACCUCGACGUACUGGAUGACCUGAAGUUUGUGGACGAGCAUCGCAGCAAGAGCUGGCAUUGGAUGAAGUGGUGGCAGCAUGAUAAGGCUGGCAGGGCUACCAUGACGACGCUACCGUAUGACAAUGACGAGGAGCGAGCGCCGCUCAUCAAGCCAAUCAAGAAGACGGCUCUACCUAAGGGGAUUGCGGAUACCAUGAUCGCGAGGCGGGAUACAUACAGCUGGCAGGUGGCGCCACCGGAGAGUAGGAAGAAUAAAGUGGUCGCGACACUGUCGCAGCGGUUGUUAAAGCUGUUGAGGAAAGUGGCCAGGGAUGAUGUUCGCUUCGGCCUUAAGGUCGGCGUGGGCGCCGCCCUCUGGGCCAUGUUCUCUUUCCUACCGCAGACUCGCGAUGUCUACCGCCACUGGCGCGGCGAAUGGGGCCUGCUCUCCUUCAUGAUUGUCUGCUCCAUGACCGUCGGCGCAGCCAACACGACCGGUCUUGCUCGAUUCCUGGGCACAGUCAUCGGCAUAGCGGCCGCCGCACUCAACUGGCACAUUUCAGGGCAGAAUGCUGUCGUGCUCGUCAUUCUGGGAGCACUAAUUGCGUUUUGGAGUUUCUACGUCAUCAUUGCCAAGGGGCGCGCUCCCCUGGGACGGAUUACCCUCCUGGCGUACAACGUGUGCUUGUUAUACGCGUAUAGCUUGAGCCAACGGGUCGAUGACGACGAUGACGACGAAGGAGGAACAAAGCCUAUCAUAAGGGAAAUUCUGCUCCAUCGGUUUGUUGCCGUCACUGUGGGCAUUAUCUGGGGGCUGAUUGUCUGCCGCUUGGUCUGGCCCAUAUCGGCUCGACGCAAGUUCAAGGAAGGACUGGCCAUGCUGCACCUCCAGAUGGGGCUUAUCUGGCGCCGCGGGCCGUUGGCGAUCUUGCUCAGGAGUAACUGCUCGCGAUCGUACCUCCGGUCUGGUGAACAGCAGGCUCUGCAGAAAUAUGCUGCCCGCUUGGAUGCCCUUCGCGCGAGCGCUGUGUCGGAGUUUGAACUGCGUGGACCAUUCCCCUCGGAACCGGCAAAGAGGUUGAUGGCUUCUACACACCGCCUGCUGGACGCGUUUUAUGCUAUGUCCCUCGUCACUCAGCGCAAGGCCAGUUUGACCGAAGGCGAGAGAGCACUGUUGCUGUACACAGCCGAAGAGCGUGCCGCGCUGUGUGAUAGAAUCUGCCACGUCUUCCAAGUGCUGGCUAGCUCAGUGAUGCUGGAGUACCCCCUGACAGACGCCAUCCCAAGCGUCAACAGACUGAGGGAUAGGCUAUUGGGGAGGAUAUUCAUGUUCCGCAAGGAGCAUCAGCCUUCUGCUUCAGGGACUGAAGCUGAAUCUCCGAGUUCAGCACAGAAUUUGAGGAGGGAAGCAGAAGGGGGUUGGAGGGGUUCGAGCCUGGGACAGAUUAAGGUCGAGGAAAGGGAUUAUGAGCUGUUAUAUGCAUAUGCCCUUGUGACCGGGCAGGUUGCGGAAGAGUUGAAGGUCAUUGCUCGGGAGAUUGAGGGGUUGUUUGGAGUUUUGGACGAGGAUGCGCUCUUGUUGCAGUAG